AUGGCGGCGGGAGCCGGCGCGGAGGGAGCCACCCUGGAAGUGAGCUGGGUUCAGGGGUUCUCAAACAAGAACUUGGCCUUUAUCAACAAUCAAACUGUCUGCUACCCUUGUGGUAACUACAUCCUCUUCCUGGACAUCAAAACAAAGAAGACAAGAGCAGUGCAGUGUCAGAAUGGCCAGGUGGGAGCCUUUGCAGCAAGUGCCAGCAGCCAAGUGGUGGCUUUUUCUGACCGGCAGCUGAAUCCCCUCAUACACAUCUACACUUUUCCAGAACUGAGAAAACUGACAGAGUUAAAAGGUGAUGCUCAGCUGGACUAUACCUUACUUGCAUUAAGUUUUAAAGGCCCAUAUCUGGCCAGUUACUCUUCAAUCCCAGAGUUUGUUCUUUCAGUAUGGAACUGGCAAGAAAAUAUCCUCCUGUGCAGUGAGCAUCAGCCAGGGCUCACAGGAACCUCUCUGAGUUUUAACCCCAUGAAUUGGCAGCAGCUGUGUUUUGUUGCUGAGAGCUCUGUUACCAUCUGGUGCAUUGAAAAGAGCAAGGACGAGCAUCUCCUCACACAACACCCUGUGAAACUCCCUGAUGAACAGGGGGCCAUGAGUGCUCAGGAGGAUUGGUUUUUCCCACCUUCUCGUGAAAAUGAUCCAUACUAUGGCCCUGAUUUGCCAAUUUCAGCCAUUGGUGGACUGGAAGGAGAUGAAGCAGAAACAUUUGUGCCUAGAAAUUGUAUUAAGACUUCAGUGCAUCCCACUGCCCACUGCUGGACUGCAGCCUCAGAAAUAUACAUGGGCUGUAAAGAAGGAUAUGUUUUGGCAAUUGAUGCUGAGCAAUACAGUGUUUCUGUUCUUCAACAAAAAUCCCCACCUGAGUUCAUGCAGAAAAUAGCAGAUGUGGUGUCCUAUGCUCGUAGUGAAGUGCAGAAAAAGAAAGGUCGCAAACCAAGCAAUCUGCAAAAACCAGUUUUACUUGCUAUGGCAUUUUGUAAAGAGGGACUGUAUGCAGCUGGACAUGAGGGCAUUUUAAUCUUUUAUCACAUCAAAGAUCUGCAGUAUGAGAUAAAAAUCUGUGCUGAUAUCUCAGAGCCCAUAUCCAGCCUCGUGUUUUCUCCUGAUUACACCAGUCUGCUGCUUGUCACUGACCAGGGGACAGUCUAUAGUUACAGACCUGCCCAUAGUGGAGAAGCUGUCAAACUCUUGGAUGCAUCCAGCAGUUGUUUUCUGGCAGCUGAUUUUCUUACUCCAGGGAACAGCUACUGUGUGUCUGUAACAAUUUCAGGUGAAGUACAAGUUUGGUCCUUGGAAGAUGGAACUUUCCUCAGCAAGAUAAACCUUGAUACUGAGGCAACUUCUAUGGCUUGCAGUCCCUCCUCCAAGAGUGUUGCUGUAGGGACCCAAAGAGGUCAAAUCUGUUUCCUUGAUGUUACCAAAGCUGAAGCUCCAAGGGUUGUUCACAAAACUUUUCUUUCCAAACUUCCAGUGCUGUCUUUGCAUUAUGAUCAGAUUGGUCAGUUCCUCAUUGCCAGAGCUACAGAAGGACACAUCUUUAUUCUAGAUGCUCGUCCAUCAAAAUUGUUUCAGGUUCUGGGAUAUACAGUACUGGAAGAUGAAGUGCUCCAUCUUUCUGUAACUCCUGACUUAAAGCAUGACUUAGUUAAAGUGGUGGUACUUCUUAAUGUAGCAGAGGACCAACAAGGAAGACUGGAAAUUUUUCAUCUGACUUCAGCAAUGAUAACAGAUAAUGAAAACUGUGUGAAUGAACAAGGAAUGUUUAAUGCUAGUGACCUGAAAAAGAAGCAAUAUGAUGUGGAUUACCCUUUGAGCUCAGCAGUCAGACUGAAGAAUAACAUUGUGUAUGGCUACUGCUCCUGUGCACCUCUCAUCUGUCAAUACCAGCUCUCUGAAGUGACUACGUUCGGAGGUCCAACAAUAUUUUCAUCAGAACUGACAGUUCCUAGCAAACAGCUUGGAUCAGGCUUGCUCUGUUUAUCAUCCAACAGCCAGUGGCUGGCAGCAGCAGCCAAGGAUGGAGUUUUGUUUAUCUACAAUACUUCUACUCUGGAUGUUCUCGCUCAAAACCAUUGUCACUCAUAUCAAGGAGGGGGAAUCAGAUCCAUGAUAUUCUCCCUGGAUGGCAAUUUCAUCCUAGUUAACGGUGAAAAUGAUUGUGCCCUGGUGUGUCUGAAGUGGAAGGAGACAAAGAAAACUGAAGUUGAAAAAGCUGCUCAUUACUGGCAAUCUCUACAUGAUAUAUUGAACAACUCUAUUUCAGCUGAAGACUCUGUUUUAAAAUCUAUGGCAGAAUGGAAUUUUGACCCAGAAUCCACAUCAAAAUCAUUUUCAGUGACAGAAGAAGAUGGAGACGUCACAGAUACUGAUGGCAUGACAUGGAUGGGCCAGAAAAUACAGAAGGUUAUGAGAGAAGAGACUCUGAGGUUUGCUAACCAGAAGAAAGAGGUGCAAAUGGGAAUUAGAAAACUGCGUGAAACUAUUCAGAAAAUGAUGCAUGAAAAUGAGCAGGUGCCAGACAUUGAGAAACUCGAGCAUGGGGAGUUCAACCUGGAUUUAGAAGAACAGGAACAAGUGCAAGCAGAGGCUGAAGAAGAUGUGGCCAGGGCGAAGAGGGAGAUUGAGAUGGAGAUUUUAUCCUACCGCUAUUUGCAGGAUUUAAUCAAAUUUGAGUGCUGGGAUAACAUGUGUGUAAAAGAACGUGCAGUUAAGUGCUUCCAUAUGGAUUUUGCAGUGAGGAAUUUUCCACUGAAGGAACGUAGUAAAGAAGAGCUGGAAACUUUGAAGGAAGCUCUCCAGUUAAAGCGGACAGCUGAUCUUCAGGCUCAGAAGAAAAAUCUUGACUCUGAGAUUGGUUUAUCUGAGGAAGGAGAGGGGGCAGCAUGGGAAGUGGCUGAUCAUGGUGCACCUCUCUGCCUCAAUGGAAGCCUGAGCUCUCAGUAUGGUGGGGACACAUCUAUCCUCUACCACCAGUGUGACCUGCACACAAAGGAGCAGAAACUCAAUCAGACAAUAUUGUUGAAGGAAGUCAUUUACAAAGUGAAGGCUGCUUUUAAUGAGGAAUUUGACAUCAUUGUACAAAAAAAGGAGCAGGAGAUAGCACGAGUGAAAGAAAGAAACCUGAAGAUCCAAGAAAUCUUGGAGCAGCUUGACAUUCAAGUGGAAUUGUGGGAGCCAGACUUUACAGAUGAUGAGAUUCCAGAGCGAGUGCUCACCGUUCAGGAUUCAGAGAUUAAAGCUGAGAAAUACAUGACUGAAGAGGAGAAAGAGCAGGCAGAAAUGCUGGCUAAGCUUGAAAAGGAAAGACGCCUUGCUGCUACAGAUGAUGAUCGACUGCGUGCUCUUGAGGAAAUGAUGGGUGGAGUGCUGGAACUCAGGAGGGAAGACAUUUUGAAAAUGGAUAUUCCUCCACCUGAUUUUUUAUCCAAACCUGAGGAUCUUUGGACUGAAGAAGAAAAGAAAGUAUUUGAAGAAUAUGAAAAAAAAGUCAAUGAAUUGAAUGAAGAAAAAGAAGAUUAUAGACAGUUUCUGAGAAAUGAAUGGAAAAAAAUUGAAGCUUCCAUCAAGGAAACAACACAAAAUUUUGAUGAGCUUGUCCGCAAACUCUCUGUAAAGAAACUGAAAUCACAGAUGGUCAUCUACCAGGAAGAACUCAAAAUAAUCAAUCUCAUUUACACUUUACUGUUGGAUGAAGAGUUGGACACCAGAGAAGCUGGACUUCAUAAAUUCCUUGUGAAAAAGAAGAAAGAAAAAGUCAAGGGUGCAAGAAAAAUCCUGGCUGCAAAACAGGCUGUUGAGGCUUGCACAGGCCCCUAUAAAGAGGCAUUACAUGAAGAGAAGAACCUGGAACAUGGUUUUAUAAAGCAGUUUGCUCAUACACCUGGCAGUCUCUUUGAGGAGCUUCUACAACUUUACAAACAUCGACCAGAGAUCCCAGAUACAGAAAUCCUCCUUGACACAGCUAACCCCUAUGUGAAGGGAUCACCUGAGGAUUACCAAGGUGCAGUUUCCCUUUUAAUGAAAGCCAUGGAUGAACUGGAUAGACCUGAGCACAUGCCUAGUGGCUUAGACCGGUCUAUGUGGGAACGUUUUUGUCUAGCUAGAAGAAAUAAAAUGGAGAGUGAGGAGCUGGUGAAAUGGAAGACCCUAGCACUGGCAGAGAUGCAGGGCUGUCUCCAUAGAAGAACGGAGGAAAAUGAUAAGAUGAAGUCAGAAUUGGAGAAAGCUUUCCAAGAACUCACUUGGCUGAAGGAGGAGAAGAUGAAGCUUCAGCAGAAUUUGAUUAUCCAGUUUUUGCUAAAACAAGGACAGGUGGAAUUGGAUGGUACUCGGAUCCCAGAGUACAGUGAUGCUGUUCUCAUUGAUAGGAGUGUUGUUGAGGAACUGAAUCGCACUGUUGCGGCUCAAGGAGAAAAAAAAAUUACUGCCAUGAUAGAAUUUAAGGACUUCUCCAAAGGGAUAAUACAGCUGGAAUGGGAACACAAGAAAAUGAAAAUGCAGAUACAAGAUCUGAAAGAGAAGGCUCGGGAUAUUGUAAUCCUACCUAUUUCAAAAGAUUGCCAGCUAUUCCUAACUGUGCAUAACUACGACACCCACACUGCUCAGCAGCUAGCAGGGAUGGAGCAGAGCCUCAGCGUCAUGGAUAAGUUGCACAAGAAGAAUGUGAAAAACCAUCAGAAAAAAGUCAGAGAGCUGAAGAAGUGCAUCUGUCUGAAAGAGCAGGAGAACUACGAGCUCAGCCUGCAGCUGAAGGAAAUGCUUGUCUCUGUGUCAGAAAGGAUGCACAUCUUCGAGGCAGCUGACACACGGGAUAUUUCUGAGAAGAUCACAAGGCAGCGUUACCAAGAGAUUGUGAAGCAGAAAUAUCUACGGAACCUUAUAAAGGAACAGGAAAAACAGCUUGCACUUCUUCAGUCAAAACUUGAAAAUUGGAACCCAGGAACACUCCAUAUUGUUUAAAAAUCAGAGGUGAAUAACAGAUGAAUAAUACCAUGGUCUUAUCUAAGGGAAAAGAGUUUUGACAGCUAAUUCUUCUCCCUGAACUUUUCUUUCCACAAAUUGUUUCUUCCGUAAUUCCUUAAAAUAACUUCCAUUUAAAAGAUGCAUGGUUGUCUGAUUUGUAUUUUUUACACCUGGUCUUAACCCCAUUAUAUUUCAGGUGAUGAGAUCUAUUUCUACUGGUUUUAUUAUAUAAACUGUAUAGCUCAUUAUAGAAAAGAACCAUGUGUGCAAGCUGGCCCCAUCCCAAAGGCAGCUGUGCCUUAUUGUGGGAUAAUCACCCACAGCCCGCAGGAACUGUGGCUGCUGCCACAGGCAGAAUCACAGGAAAACCAGGUUUGGAAGCAUCUGGCCUCCUGAAAUAGUUGCUGGCAUCUCCCACCCUUCUACACUGAGGUGCAGAGUAUUUUCCUGCCAGCUCCUUCCACAACAGCUAAGAAAAAUAAAGAAACCAUUAUAAAGUUACCUACUGGUGGAGCCCAAUCUACCUUCUCAGGCAUUGUCCCUGCUUUUUGUUUCCCUGCACCAUGGUGUGGGUCAAUCCUUCUCCUUUCAUAAAGUCACAUGACAUCUUAACCCAUUUCAUUGUAAGAGCAACAAAUAGCUUUGAUGCCUUAGCCUAAAAUUCUACUAUGUCAGUUGUGAUCCUGUACAUCUGGUUUUUUGCUUUGCCAUCUCUACCUGGAAGUUGUAAGGAUUCUAAUUACAUCUCACUACAAGACCUUUUGUCUUUCUGCUGAAAAAGAAGCAGCAUCAUUCCAACUCCAAGGAAGUGAACUGGCCCCUACACCAGGCACCAUCAUCUUUUUGCAUAUGCCUAAAGAGGCAGAGAAAUAUUGCUUUAAUACUCAAAACAUGAUUUGCAAUAAAGGCUGUUCUGCAUUAAUUCUCUCUGGACAGCAAGAGUCAGUAUUCUUAAGAGCAAAUUGUAGGUACAGGCUGAAGUCUAAUGAGCCUCACCAAUGGUGAAAAGGUUCUGUAUGAUCUUUGAUUUUCUUUCUCUUGAGCUGUCUAAGAAAUUACUCCCUUAUUAAGGUACACAGGAUAUAGCACCUGCAAACAAAAAAGGCAGGGUAUAACCAAUAAGAAAACAAGAUUCCUAGCAAGGAGAGUUGUAUAGUCAUUAAGAUUUAUGUAUUGUUACACUUGAGAAGCAGUGAUUUUAGGGAAAAUAAAAAACAAAAGGUACCAUGAUGAAAAAAUAAGCAAUUUCAAGUUAAAUAAAAACAACUUUCAAAAAAGGCAUUUGUUGGAGAAUAAAUGGAAUUGUAAAGAUUUAUUCAGCUUUAUGAUGCUGUAUUUGAAGCAAUCCCAUUAAACAAGGCCUUGUUUUUCUUAUUUAUUUGAAGAGAGAAAACACCUUGGCUCUAGAUGUAGUAGAAUAGAAAGCUGGUUUCAAUUUUCUUGCCUUCCCUUCUAUUACCUCAGGCUGUGGCAGAAUGCUUAUGAGACAGCAGCUCUGCAGAGACUGUCUGGACCAGAACCUGAAAGCAACUGCAUUAUGACACAUUUUCCUCAGUAGGAGUUAAAGCUAGUGAAAACAUCUUGUCCCAGCUCUGGGAUAUUACCAUCAGGAAAAUCAGUUAUCUUCACUUAACUCACAAAAUGCUGUCAUUAGCACCAGGAAGAC